AUGAAGAAAACUACCUGGAGUAGAAAGAACUUUCUGCUUGUAGCAGGACUGUCACUUAUAGGUGUCCAUUUAGGAAGCAUGGUUGUAAACUUUGUUGCAAAAAAGUCUGCUCAAUCUCAUUCAGAAGCUAAAAGAGAUGGUCAGGAAUGAAAUAGCUUCCUGCUGUCACUAUCAGUUUUGCAACAUGAUUUAAGCCUCGUUUUAAGAGAGCUGUGAUGAGUAGUUUCAGGAAUGUUAUACACACUGUUUUGCAGUGAAAAUAAUAAUCCUUACCUGCGAAGAAUUAAAAUGUACUGCUCUUAAAAUUUCAAAGUGCAAUGAAUUGUAGUUCCAAGUAAAAAUGAAAUGUUUUCCCAGAAUUAAAAUCUUGCCUUCAAAAUGU